UGCACUGCAUUUAUCAACAAUGUCAUAUGCCAUUCAUUGGAUAAUAAUAAAAUCUUUUCAUCAGUAUUUAUAUUUUCCUGCUUCCUAAUUUUGUUCAUAUCUUGCCGGGAUGGUGUAGAGGGUAGGAUUAUGUACUUGAUGUCCGCUGUUUAAAGGAUAAACUGAACAAGUGUAUGAGUGAUCAGCCCAGUAUGAAGUCAAUGAUAGCAGUACUUGGCUGCUUAUUGUUAUUUGGUGUACCUGCAAUCAGGGGGACAGAUUCUUUGGAAUGUAACAGCUGUUCUAAUGCUGUCAAUAUACACGAAUGUGAAUCAACGGAAAGGUGCAAGGAAAGACAGGUUUGCUUCAAAAAGCGAGAAUUUACAAAUCAAGUCCAGUUUGACAUGGGAUGCGUAGACAAAGAGAGGUGCGGUAGAUACGCAACGGGUAAAAAUGAGUCGGAUAUCGUCAAAAUGAGCUCGGACAAGACAAGUUAUUGCUACGAAUGUUGUUCGAUCGACAGAUGUAACAAAAAUCUUUGUGAAUAUCCUCCCCAUUCCUUGUGCCAAGAUGACAAGUCGGUUGAUUGUGCUAAAUUGAACUCAAUGUUUAGUAUUUGCGAGAUAACAAGUGAAGCUAAGAAAAUUUGUCCAAGAUAUUGCGAUCUAUGUGAUCUAGUUGAUGGAAGUUGGUCUGUCUGGUCACCAUGGUCAUCAUGUGAUGUCACUUGCGGAAUAGGAUCUAUAUUACGUCACCGCUCAUGCACCAAUCCAGCACCACAAAAUGGCGGUCUUGACUGUCCAGGGAAAGGAAGCGAGCUUAAAACUUGUAAGCUGAAGCUAUGUCCAGUACAUGGCGGUUGGAGUUCAUGGGAUAUUUGGGGGAAAUGUUCAGCAACUUGUGGUGUAGGAAUGCGAACUCGUAGACGAUUGUGUACAAAUCCACGUCCACAGCGUUUCGGGGACCAUUGUUUUGGUGACAAUAUUGAAGAUGAAUUAUGUAACAAUGGAACUUGUGCAGUUAACGGUGGAUGGACUGACUGGUCAAAAUGGGGACAAUGUUCGGUUUCUUGUGGCGUCGGGCUUCAAAGUCGAAAUCGUUCUUGUACAAACCCAACUCCUGCCAAUGGCGGUCUACAUUGCAUUGGGCAAAACCUAAAAGAUAAUUUGUGUUACAAAGGAUUGUGUGCCGGAGUGUGGACAAACUGGAAUGAUUGGAGUGAAUGCUCUGUAAAUGGGUCAUCAGGAGUACAAACAAGAAACAGGACAUGCUUGAAAAUUUUAUUUAGCACUGAUUGCGAAGGACGUUUAACAGAAAAAAAGAAAUGUGACAUCCCAGAAACCUACACAGAUUGCUAUGAAAUAAAAGAGAUCACCGGUAUACGUCAAGAUGGAGUAUAUAAUGUAACAUUAUGGAAUUCAAAGCUGACAAUACCCGUGUUCUGUGAUUUUGAAACAGAUGGCGGUGGAUGGACGGUUUUUCAAAAACGUUUCAACGGAAGUAUUGAUUUCUAUAAGUCAUUUAUUGCUUAUGAAAGAGGAUUUGGUUCAGUUGACAGUGAAUUUUGGUUGGGCCUUGCAUAUAUUUACGAAAUGGUAUCACAAGGAAAAACGGAGUUAAGACUGGAUCUGACAGCUGCCGAUGGAACAUCUGUUUACGAAACAUUCCAGAACUUUCGACUGGGAAAACAGCCGUAUUAUACGCUUCAUAUUGACAAAGGAAUUGGAACUGCAGGUGAUGGAGUUUAUGGUUUGUCUUAUAAUAAUGGUAUGCACUUCACAGCUUUCGAUAAUGACCGGGAUACAUAUGUAGGUAAUUGCGCAGUCCUGGAUCGAGGUGGUUGGUGGUAUAACAGAUGUGGUAGUGCCAAUUUAAACGGAGAAUACGUUACUCCUGGCACCCAACAACCUAAGAGAGGAUAUGCUGGCAUGAUAUAUUACCCUUUUAAAAAACUAGAAUCGCUAAGAUCAUCUAGAAUGAUGUUUCGGCGUGUUAGACAAUAAAACAUCAUGUUAAGUUUUCGUAUGACGUUAGGGGUUCUACAGUAAUGAUGACCUGUACAUCGGAAAAUGGUUAACAAUGCAAACAAACAUGUUGCAUAGAAAGUCAUGGUAAUAUGGUAUCGCACUUAAAACUCACAAUAAAAAAUGAAAUCAGAAAUAAAGUUAAAAAAAAGAAUUAAAACUUUGAGCAAACAUAAACUCUUUUGAGUUGCAAAUAUAUUUUGAAAACCUGAAUAAAGUAACGAAUUAAAGCAGCGUUCUGAUUGAAUUGUGUUUAAGUAUCUGCAUGUUCAUAACUAAAUAUCAAUACAUUUGGUUGAAACUAAAUAGCUUAACCAGAAAAAUGUUAUUAACCUUUAGAAUUAUUUGACUUCACAAAGCGUAUAUUUUCAUUAUCUGUUUUCAACGUUGAUAUACUAGUAUAUAUAUUAUUUAUACUUGGCAAAGUUCUUUCUUCAUUUUCUUUUGUUAACCAGUGCUAAGUUAUAAGACUUGGUCAAGCGUGUUUUUGUUGUUGUUGUUGGUGGUGUUGUUAUCGUUGUUAUUUUUUUGUUGUUGAUAUAUAUAGAUAUGUUAGACUUUUUUCUUUCAUUUCCUUGAAGAAAUGUUCAAAAUUACUAAACUUGGUUAACGUAUUCUUUCAUUUUCUUUUGCAAGUGUGUAAAAGCACUAUACUUUGUAAAACGUUUUCUUUCUCUUGUUUAUGUGCAAAAUCAUUAGUUUUACAUUUUUUAUGUUUUAUUUUAGAUUUACUGUUAUUUGGUCUAAUUAUUUUUUUGUUAAAUGCUUUCUGACUGGCGUUCAUGAAAUUAUAUACAAUGUCAUAAACAAAAUGAUCAGUUUGUUCUUGUAAAAUUAAUUUUUGUUCUUUAGACUUAUUCACUUCAUAUUUUACCUUAUCUUUAUCAAUAUUUCUUGCAUAUUCAUCACUAUUAUGUCCAUUGUUCCAUAGCCGUUUAAUGUUUUAUUGGUGUUUGUAUUUCUUUCACCAGUAUUUAUUCUUCUUGUUUGUAUAUUAUUUUGAUUGAAAUUCAAUAGUGAAACAUUUUCAGUGAAAACAUGUUCAAUGAUUUCAAACAAUCCUAUUGAGUAGAUAAUGUAAUCAAUUGUGCUUUUUCCUUAAAAUGUUCUUUAAGUAUACCUUAAGGAACAUAAAAUAGUUCGUGCUGGUAUUUCAUUAUUAUGAAAGAGUAAUGGAAUAAGUUUAAAAUUGCAUAUAAGGUAAAGCUUUCAAAAUGUAAGUUAAAUUUGUUUGAUCGUUUUUAUUAGUUAUGAUGUCACAUAACUUUUAGCUUUACUAGUGCCCCUUCGUACAAUAGUUCAGUCAAAGGAGGGCAUCUAUUGUAAAUUAAAGUACUAAUAACAUAUUCAUGCUGUCAUAAAACUAAAUGAAUACUAAUUAGAAUUGACAUCGUUAUGACAAAGUUUAAUACAUAAUAUAUUUAUUGAAAAACACACUGCUAAAAGUAUAAGUGCAGACAAUAUUAGAUAUAUCAAAUAUACAGAAAAUAUAAUCGCUUUAAUUGA